GCCGCGAAUGUCGGGGCCAAGCAGCUGCCGCAAUGUCGCAGUCUGGUCGAGAAGGCGUCUUACCAGCCAAUCACACUCAGCCCGACUAUGCUGCGCAAGGCCACUCGAACUUUGCUCAACGAAAUAGACCUCGUUGUGUACGACAUGGCGGGUACGACCGUGCAGGAAGGCGGCAUCGUCUACAAGACGCUGCAGUUGGCGAUGCGGGAGGAUGGACUCCAAGUGUCGGACGAGGACAUGCAUCCCUGGCAUGGCGCGAAGAAAGAGGCCGUGAUCGAGCACUUUGCGCUGAAGGCAGGCACGCCACCCGAGGACAUCACGGAGCGCGUGACACGGGUGGGCGAGUGGUUUGUCAAUGCCAUCGAUGAUGCUUACUUCAAUGAGGCGUCGGCUAUCGACCACAUAGACAUCGGCCUGCUGGGCUACUUCAGGCAGCUAAAGGAUGCGGGCAUCAAGAUCGCCUUCGAUACCGGGUAUCCCGAGAACAUCCAGAAAGGGCUAAUCAAACGGCUCGGUUUUGACAAGAUUGCGGAUGCUUACAUCUCCUCCUAUCAGGUCACUGAAGGCCGGCCCUACCCUUACAUGAUCCACCAUCUCAUGGAGCGGACGCAGGUGAUGAAUGUGAAGCGGGUCUGCAAAGUGGGUGACUCUGUCCGCGACAUUGAGGAGGGUCGCAACGCGGGUUGUGGCCUCGUGGUCGGCGUGCUGAGUGGCGCUGAUGGUUUCGACGACCUGAUGAGGGCAGGCGCCCAUGUCGUCUGCGAGCGCGUCACG